AUGGGCGUAUAUGUGGUUGGCGCUUGUGGAUGGGAUUCCAUUCCGUGUGAUCUUGGAGUGAAUUUUUUGAAAGAGAAAUUCGAUGGUGAUCUUAACCACGUCGAGACAUUUGUGCAGUUGAAGAGCGGGCCGUUGGGCUAUGCAAUUAACGCUGGAACCUAUCAGACGCUAAUUCUUGCAUUCAGUGAAACGGCUAAUGAUGGUUUGGGAAAAAUCCGUCGUGCCAUUAUGCCAGAGAAAAUCGUGAAAGGUGCCAUAAAACCGCCAAAAAGGGGAACCAUAUGGCAUAUGCAGGAAAAGGAACUGGAUACUUGGGCAAUGCCGUUUUUGGGAUCAGACAAAUCGAUAGUGAAUCGUUCGCAGUAUUACGACGCUGUAGUACAUGUGGAAACAUACCGUGGAGAUUCAUCGUUAUUCUGGGCAAUAAUGAUUGCAAUUUGGAUAUUUCUUUUCUCUUUUCUCGUGCAAUACGAAUUCACAAGGAAAAUACUUCAAAAAUAUCCGGAUCUAUGCAGUUUCAACAUGUUUAAGAACUCUGGGCCAACAGAAGAGCAAAUAGCUGGUGCAUCGUUUGUCUAUUGGUUUUUCGGAUACGGAUAUUCGGAUCGUAAGCCGUUGCGUGAACAGCACGUGGGUAACCCUGAUAAGCGGAUGGUCGUGACAUGUAAAGGUCCAGACGCUGGUUACAUGGCCACUAGCGCUUGCGUGCUAUCGGCUGCUUUGGCCUUAAUUCACUCGGAGAACCUUCCUGAAGGGUACGAAAUUCUCGCUGAAAGAAAAUAUUAUCUUCAGCCUUCGCGCGGACGAGAAUCUAUUCGUAUCUGGAAUCAUUUGGAAUCGUUUUCAAAGUCGAAACACCUACGGAACCCAUUUGAACUCGCGGUUGUGGUUCGACUACUUUCUGGUCUUUGGGUUUGA